AUGCCAUUGAUUUCACAAAUUUAUCAAAAAAUGAUAGUGUUCAGGAGUUUAGCAAUGAAAACUAUGCUUUCGAUAUUCACAAUCAACAUUGCUGAUCUUUACCAUCUUAUUCAUACAUUAUUAACUUUUAGAACUGUGAUCGCAUGUACGAUACGCAAAAUAUUGCAUACUACUAACGACUCUACAGAAACAAUGUCACUUAUGUCACAAUCAUCAGAUAUGUCAAUAUUUUCGCAAACUUCAACAGUGUCUACCAUUGAAUCACCACCACCACAAAAUAAAAAAAGGAAAUCAGUUAAAUCACCAAAAAAAUCACCAAAAAAAUUAUCUUAA